AAGAUACUGUCUUGUCACUUAAACAAGUCCCCUCUGUCCAUUUCUUUGUUUGAAAAAGAAAUGGAUAUCCUUGAAUUUUCUCUUUCUAUAUUGAUUAUCAUCAUAUGUUUAACAUAUUCUACAUGGUGGUACGUUAGAUAUAUAUUGUGGAAAUUAAGCUAUGUGCCAACAAAUUGGCCACUAGUUGGAAUGUUGCCUGGGCUUAUUCGAAAUGCUCAUCGUAUCCAUGAAUUUGCAACUGAUGUUCUUGUAGAAACUAAGGGCACUUUUGAGUUCAAUGGUCCUAUUCUUGCCAACUUGAACAUGUUAGCAACUAGUGAUCCUGCAAAUAUCCAUCACAUUCUUAGUAGAAAUUUCUCAAACUAUCCAAAAGGUGUCGAGUUUCGUAAAAUAUUUGAUAUAUUAGGAAAUGGAAUCUUCAAUGUUGAUUCUGAACUAUGGGAGAUUCAUAGGAAGACUACAAUGUCUUUAAUGAGCCAUCCAAAGUUCCAAAAUUUGUUGGAGAGGAACAUGUGGGACAUUAUUGAAAACGGGCUACAACCAAUUCUUGAUGCUUUUGCUGAACGAGGCACGACGUUUGAUUUGCAAGAUAUUUUCCAGAGAUUCACUUUUGAUGCUAUUAGCAAAUUGUUACUUGACCAUGGUCCGAAAAGUUUAUCUAUUGGUUUACCUUAUGUGCCAUGUGAAAAAGCUUUCAACGACGUGGUGGAUGCACUUAUGUACAGACACUUCCUGCCAGAAUGUUUAUGGAAAUUGCAAAAAUGGCUUAGAAUUGGUAAAGAGAAGAAGCUCAUUCAAGCAUGGGAAGCUUUUGAUCAGUUCUUAUAUCCUUGCAUAUCGCGGAAGCAAGAAGAGUUGAUGCACAAAACAAUCAAAGACGAGGACUUCGACUUAUUUACUCCCUAUAUUAAAGCAUACAAUCAAUGGACGAAUGGAGAUAAUAAUUCGGGUAAUGUACAAGAAUUUUUAAGGGACACGAUUUUGAAUUUGAUGUUCGCUGGAAGAGACACCACGAGUGCAGCUCUCACUUGGUUUUUCUGGCUCUUAGCUAAAAAUCCCUUAGUAGAGACAAAGAUUAGAGAAGAGAUUCAACAACAAUUGCAUCUAAAAGAAGAUGAAAACCUCAAGUUUUUCAAAAUAGAAGAAACAAGAAAACUUGUCUAUCUACAUGGUGCUCUGUGUGAAACUCUGAGGUUCUUUCCAUCAGUUGCAAUUGAGCAUAAAAUUCCACUUGACUUUGAAAUUCUCCCGAGCGGUCACCGUGUUAGUCCAAGUACAAGAAUUGUGCUAUCCUUCUACACAAUGGGGAGAAUGGAGACUAUAUGGGGAAAAGAUUGCUUAGAAUUCAAGCCAGAGAGAUGGAUUUCAGAAAGAGGAGGAAUCAAACACGAGCCAUCUUUCAAAUUUCCAGCAUUUAAUGCGGGUCCACGGACUUGUUUGGGGAAAGACAUGGCAUUCAUUCAGAUGAAAAUAGUGGCCGCCACCAUCAUAUACAAUUACCAUAUCCAAGUGGAAGAUCAAAUUAUUUCUCCAAGUGCUUCUAUUAUCGUUCAAAUGAAAGACGGUCUGAAAGUUAGGCUUGUCAAAAGGGUUCCUCUUAUGUCCAAUUAAUACCGAAUGCAAGAACAAAGAGACCUGUGCUAAGUCGGUGAAUAGUGGCGUACAUAGAAUUUUAUGCAAGUUGAUAUAUAAAGAAGUGAAAAAAAUCACUAUAACAUAAUCAUCUUAAUAAAACACCUUCAAGUACACUAAUACAAUUAUUCUGAGAUUAUUUUUUAUUUUUUCAAAUGUA